AUGGCUGUGGGAGGAGGAACCUGCAUGGCAGGAACCUCCUCCGUGAAAGAAGACUCCGUGAAAGAAGACUCCCCCCUCUUGGGCGUGAAAGAAGACUCCCCCCUCUUGGGCGUGAAAGAAGACUCCCCCCUCUUGGGCGUGAAGGAAGACUCCCCCCUCCUGGGCGGGAAGGAAGACUCCCCCCCCGUGAGCCAGGCGAUGCCGUUAAGUCGGUUCAUGCGUCAGAUACUUCCCGUUGGGUUGACGGCUUUGGCGAUAGGUGUGACAAGGCCAUUGUUCGAUUCGUCGAGUGCGCAAGCGGAGGAGCGGCUGGAGGUAUUGUGCAGACGGCCGUCGCAGGGCUUGGUGGAGAAGGUGACGUUGGCGGACCUGGCGGAGUGUCGGUUGGAUUACGUUGAGUGCGCGGCGGUAAUUGGAUUAUUUUGUACACAUGUGUUCGGGACAUUGACGGAGGAGAGUUGCCGGUCUCUGCUGAAGAAGCAGGGCGUGCUGAAGACACUGGGGGUUGAGAAGCUCCCCAGAACGAGCUACAAACGCCUCGUGGAGGUCUGGAUCGGUGGCUGUUUGCUCUUACAGGCCGGCAUAACCAUCGACCGGCUAGCGGACUUUUGCGCGUACGAACUCGAGUACCGUCCGGCCCAGGCACACAAUGGUUGCCCGUGCGAAUGCUUCCGAAAGAUACCUCUCACGCGACGGAACUACGAGACGCGUAAAGGCCGGCGCAAUCACGGCCCCCAUGUGCACGACGAGUUUCUCGAAGUCCCGCAAAACCUCGUGGGUAACCGGGCGGAAAUCGCCGCACUCCUCGCCAGCCUCAAUCAAAGAAUCACAUUCGCUGGUUUCCUUCGACAGGUCUUCCCUGACGGUCAGGUCCGGAUGCUUAGGACCCUUAGCAAACUGAAACUCGAACGAGCACCCAAACGCAAUCGACAUAGCCCUAGUGUGACCGUAACACCCGCCCCACCCCCUAGUGUGGCCGCCCCGCCCCCUAGUGCUACCGCAACGCCCGCCCCACCCCCUCCUAUUCCCUUGACCCAGUCGCUUACUGAUUUGGCUCAAUCGCAAACGUUCAUACCCCUAACGCCGUGCAACGCCUACUGGGUUGGCAUGGCAGGCGUGCUCCAGGCCCUCGACUUCUCCCCCGAACAGCUCGCGGAAUUCCUACUGGCCUUCCGACCUUGCGACCGCGUACAGGAGGCUGUUUCGAGCCAUCUGUGGCCUGUUUCCAUGCCCAUUGCUUCGGCACAGUGGGUCUUGGCUGAUCCCGCUUCGCUAUCGCCGGAACACCAAAGACAAAUUCUUGCCAGCUGGCUGCAACGCCCAGACCCACCACCUUAA